GUUUUCGGUUCCAUAAUGCAUGUUGGAACUUGAAAGAAGAACAUCAUUUCCAUUUCUUACUAAACUGACAGAAUUCACAGUCAAGCAGUGGACAACCCAAAAUUCCUCCUCCUCCUCCUUCUCCUCUUCCUCCGCCGCCUCCGCCAACAAAAGAAAAAGGAAAAGAAAAAUUCACCGCCGAGCCGACCGCAAAAUGGUGACGGCGGACAACAAUGCGGCGGACCUUGAUGACCCGGAUUACUGCAGCAGCAAGCGAACCCGGGAAUUGGCGUUGAUUAACCCGCCCAGAACCACCACCGCUGCCGGAAUCAGCAGCAGAUACUCUGCUUUUAAGCUCCCCGACGGAUGGGGCGUUGAGGCAGUCCCUCGCUCUGGCUCUCCCACCGUUGACAAGUACUAUUAUGAGCCUGGGACUGGACGAAAAUUCCGUUCAUUGAAAGCUGUUGAGAGAUACAUUAAUGGUGAAGAAGCUGAAUUUACUCAGAAAACUCGCGCAAUCACGUGGCAUGAUAAUGAUCAGAAGGAACCUACUGAGUACAGGAAGAUGAUUAUAUGCGGCGGAAAGGUAAAAAGGAAGUUUUAUAGGCUUGUUUAUUGUUACUCUUUCUUAAAUUUUCUUUUGCUGAAACUACAGUGUGUGGGUUGGAAUUAUAAAAUAUGUUAGGAACUCAGGAUUCUAAUAAAAGAAGAAUCUUUUCACCGAAUUUUGGAGAUACGCGGGAAUGGUAUUGUGGUUUAAUGCAUCCCACUGAAUUUGUUAUGUUUUUCUGAGUGGAAAUUUAUGGUUUUGAAAUCUAACUCGGCUUCACUAGAUUUAAGGAAUUCAAGAUGUAGUUAUACUUUCCCUGUCAUUGAUGAUGUUAGUACGUCGUACUGUCUGAAUUUCUAAAGCUGUCGAAACAUUUAAAUCUCAUGGCAUGUGAUGGAACAAGCUACAGAAAAAAGUUAGCCUAAUGCAUGAUUGGCCAUCUCAUUCUUUCCUGAUGGGUAAACGUAAUGAAGUCGAACCGACAUUAUCCAUUUCCGUGAUUGUUAUGACUCUUUUAGUGAACUUGAACAAAGCUUAGUGUGGAACUGUGACGUUUUUUGGCCCGGCGGAAAGGGGAUAUGUAAAAUGUUAGUAGACAAAUGGUAAGAAGUAAGAACUUAGAAUUUCUUGUAGAUCAGUUCUUAAAUCACUAACAGUUACAAAGUGGUAAGAAGUAAGUCUCUGCGACUUCCUGCUGUUACAGGGUUCACCCUCUACUGUUACAGUUGAUGUAUUGAUAAUAUGUCAUAGUAGUUCUAGGCUUCUAGCACAAACUGUGACUCUCAACUCAUACAAAGGUAGUUAAUUAUUCGCACAAUGAUUGGAGCAUCCUGAUGAAUGAAAAAUGACCCUUUGUUCCAGUUGAUAAAAUCAUUAACUUUGUCUCUGCAGGUGGUUAAACUUACUGAAGAUACAUUGAACAAAAGUCACUUGCCGAUUAUAGCCUCCAGCGAAACUGCAGCCAACUCUCCCUACAAUCUUCCUGAUGGUUGGAUCAUUGAGGAGGUUCCUCGAAGCAAUGCCUCCCAUAUUGACAAGUACUACUAUGAACCAGGAACUGGUCGGAAAUUUCGGUCAUUAUCGGCGGCUCAGAGACAUGCAGCAGAGUUGAAUGAAGAUGCACCAUUAUCUGCUUUGGUUGAAGAGAUCAAGGAUAUGAAUAGACCGCUAUCCCAGACAAUUAAAUUAUGUCAAGGGGUAAAGAAACCUAGUUCUAGCAAUAAAAAAUCUACAAAAACCAGUGACCAGACAUCAUCGUUUGUUGACCUGCCUGAAAAAGUGGAGUGGGUUCUUCACAGUCAUCGAGGUGAUGAAUGGAAGCCAUUUUUGUGUGAUAGAGCAAUUCCAGAUUCUUUGAAGGAGCAGUGGAGGGAAAGAUUCCUAGUAGCCAUGAAUGCCAACAAUCGGACGCACGGAUUGUUGUACGGCACGGACAGGCUUGGUCAGCUCGUGGCGUUUGAUUACAAAACUAAUAAUGAAGAUCAAUUUGGUCGCGAGGAGGUUAUUAAUGUACCUACAUAUGAUGUUGAAAGAGCGUUGGUUAAACUUACUGAAGAUACAUUGAACAAAUGUCACUUGCCGAUUAUAGCCUCCAGCGAAACUGCAGCCAACUCUACUCCCGAUGGUUGGGUUGUUGAGGAGGUUCCUCGAAGCAAUGCCUCCCAUAUCGACAAGGAAUCUGGUCGGAAAUUUCGGUUAUCAUCGGCCGCACAGAGACAUGCAGCAGAGUUGAAUGAAGAUGCACCAUUAUCUGCUUUGGUUGAAGAGAUCAAGGAUAUGAAUACACCGCUGUCCAAGACAAUUAAAUUAUGUCAAGGAGCAAAGGUGGGUGUUCCUUUGUCAGAACUCAACUUUCUACAACCUACCAGAUUACUGUCUUUGCUAAUAACUUAUUCUCUUUGUAGAAACCUAGUUCAUGCACAAAAAAAUCUACAAAAAACCAGUGACCAGACAUCAUCAUUUGUUGCCCUCCCUGAAAAAGUAGAGUGGGUUCUUGACAGUCAUCGAGGUGAUGAAUGGAAGCCAUUUGUGCGUGAUAGAGCAAUUCCAGACUCUGUGAAGGAGCAGUGGAAGGAAAGAUUCCUAUUAGCCAUGAAUGCCGACAAUCGGACACAGUAAAUACUACUGCACUCGGUUGAGAUGACCUGAGAUCUGAAUAUCCCGAAGAAUGGCAUCCAACUGGACGUAAUGAUCCAUGAGUCCCCGUGUUGCAGCACAUCGCUGUUGUAUGUAUUCAGUGCUCAUCCUGUAAAUGGUACAAGGAAGAGGAAUUAGAAGUUCUGAUCUUUACUUAUGUUCAUGAAUGUGCAAAACUGAAAAGAUGUCUCCUCCAUUAGCCUUCAUCAUCUCCUGAA